AUGGCUACUCUCCUCCCCCGAACCAAUGAUGCGCUCAAGAUCAACCCACCCACCGGUGAUGACUUUGCCCUCUCAGUCCAUGGCUCUGACUGGCUGUGGGCCGUGACGGCUAUCUACACCCUCUCCCUCCUCAUCGUCAUUGGUCUUGCCUACUUUGCCAAGAGCGGAGAGAAGAUCUUCCACUACCUCUUCACCAUCUCUCUCUUCGUAGGCGCUGUAUCCUACUUCACCAUGGCCUCUGACCUCGGAUCGACUCCAGUUGAGACAUCUAGCAAUCGCCGUGGGACUCGGGAGAUCUUUUAUGCUAGAUACAUCAACUGGUUCGUGGGAUGGACUCCCCUUUUAACUGCCAUUGGAUUGAUCUCCGGUGUGAGCUGGUCUACGAUUGUCUACAACGUUGCCCUCUCCUGGGCAUGGGUGGCUACAUGGCUGUCUGGCGCUCUGGUGGCGACACAUUACAAGUGGGGUUUCUUCGCCUUUGGCCUGUUGGCAUACUUCCUCCUGUCGGCCAGCCUGCUACAUACUGGAAGCAUCACCGCCUCGCGCACCGGGAUCAACAACCACUACUUCUUCAUUGCCGGCUGGCUCGUCUUCAUCUGGCUGCUCUACCCCAUCGCGUACGGUGUGGAUGACGGAGGAAACAAGAUCAAGGUCACCGCGGGCUUCAUCUUCUUCGGUAUCUUGGAUCUUCUGACUGUUCCUGUCCUCUCGUUCGUCAUCUUGAUCCUGGCCUCCCGGUGGGACUAUGGCGCUCUGAACCUCUACUUCACCCAGUACGGCCGUGUCUCUCAAGGUGGGACAUUCCCAGAGCGUGAGAAGGUCGCGCCAGCAGAACCAGCAGCAGCACCAGCAGCUGCUGUGGUUGAACCUGCGACCGUCUAG